AUGACUUUUUCGCGAAAAACAAUUGCACGAGACACAGGGGGCUUUGGUCGGCGGCUCACCCUUCAUCAGGUCGAAGAGACGAAUCCACACGUCCGUCUCUCGGCGCCACUCGUCGAGCGUGGCGCCGUGGAAGCGCACCGGCGGAUGGACCAACAUGUUGGUCUUGAAGAGUCGGCCGACCUGCGUGCCGGCGCCCAAGAGGACGAUGAGGAUGCGCUCUCGCCAGGCCGGCCUGGCGGUGAGGAAGACGAGGAGUCGCGGGUAGACGCGAUCGAGACACUCGGCGAUCCGAUCGGAGGCGAUGAAGAGUGUGAAAUCGGCGCAGGACAAAUAGACCUCUUCGAACUCGUCGAACGAGUGUUGCAGAAAGGCCUCGCCGCGCGCCGUCGGCGUGAACACGGCCCGGUCGAGCCAGUCCUCGCAGAGUCGCGCCAGCUCUCGAGCGAACGCCUCGGCGGCCCGAUCCGACGUCGCGGCCGCCGGCAGGUCGGCCGGCAGAAAGACGGCCGGUACCAAAAGGGUGCAUUUGCAGACGGCGCUGGGGCCGGACAGCAUGGCCUCGGGUGGCUGGGGCAGAUGGGACAGGCGCAGUGUGAUCCACACCCGGGCCCAGCGAUAAGUGCACCUGGCACCGGGCCUACACCGUCGAGGCGCACACUCUCAGACUGCCGAGCCGGCGCAUUGGUCCUUUUUCGCUGCCACCACGGAGACAGGCCACAGCCUCUUCACGAUUGGCUGACAUUGCGGCACACACACAAACAGACGUUUGUAUAUAUUCACACAUAA